AUGGGGAAUGAAGCUUCUCUUCCAGAUCUUUGCUCUACAUUUGACGUUGAGGAAAUAAAACGUUUGGCCAAACGAUUUAAAAAACUAGAUCUUGAUGGUUCUGGAUCUUUAAGUGUAAAAGAGUUCAUGAGUCUUCCUGAACUUCAACAAAACCCUCUAGUUGCAAGGGUUAUCGAGAUUUUUGAUACGGAUGGCAAUGGAGAAGUUGACUUCAAGGAAUUCAUAGAUGGAAUGUCACAGUUUAGUGUAAAGGGUGAGAAGGAAGCAAAGUUAAAAUUCGCGUUUAAAAUAUACGACAUGGACAAAGAUGGAUACAUUAGUAAUGGCGAAUUAUUUCAGGUUUUGAAAAUGAUGGUUGGAAAUAACUUAAAAGAUACUCAAUUACAACAAAUAGUGGAUAAAACUAUCAUGUUUGCUGACAAAGACGGUGAUGGUCGGAUUUCAUUUGAGGAGUUUUGUGAAGUUGUUAGCGGUCUUGAUGUGCACAAGAAAAUGGUAGUUGAUGUUUGA